AUGCUGUCGCAAGAUGACGAAAAUGACAUCGAAAGGGCCAUUUAUUACAUCAGUAGGAUGAUGGUCGAGGCAGAAAUCAGAUACACUCCUUUGGAGAAGUUAUGUCUGAGUUUGUAUUAUGCUUGUACAAAGCUGAAGCAUUAUAUUAAACCUUAUGAUGUAUUCGUAUUCUGUCGAAAUAAUAUGAUUAAAUAUAUGUUAUCUAAACCUAUCCUGCACUCUCGAGUUGAGAAAUGGGCUCUGGCAUUGACCGAGUAUUCGUUAACGUUUGUUCCCCUCAAAGCCACAAAAGGACAAGUAAUUGCUGAUUUUCUCGUGGAUCACUCGAAUGUAACUGAACAGGUUAAUUAUUUAACCACGAAAUCAUGGGAACUAUAUUUUGAUGGAUCGAAACACGAGUUAAGAGCAGGAAUCAGAUUACUGAUUAUUUCCCCGGGUGGGAUCCCCACCAAAUUCUCAUUGAGAACGAAAUCCGAAUGCUCAAAUAAUGAAACUGAAUACGAAGCAGUGAUUACUGGGCUAAAAUUGCUUAAGGACUUGGGGGCAAGGAACAUAAUCAUUCGAGGUGACUCGCAACUCGUGAUUAAACAGUUAACUCGAGAAUAUAAAUGUAUGAAUGAAAAGUUACUCGAAUGCAAAUCUAGAGCUACAGCUUUGUUAAAUUCAUUCGAUGAGGUCCAAUUAGAACAUAUCUCUCGUAACGAGAACGAAAUUGCGAAUGAACUAACUCAGAUUGCAUCUGGGUACAAGCUAAGCAGGGAAUGUCUCGAAUCUCUUGUUUGUAUAAGGAAUGAGUUGAGUGACGAGCACGAAUGCCUCACCAUAGACACCUCAACCAUUCAGGACUAG